CAAAUGAAGUCACGUUGUUGUUUUCGUGUUGUUUAUUUUAUUCUAAAAGUAGUAAAUACUAUACAUUGACGUUGUAGAUGAAACAAUAAAUCUUUUCGUAAAAAAACUAUGAUUUAAAAUGGAUGCUGUAUUUGAUAUGUGUUAUCUAUCGGGAGCGGAUGGUAAUAAUGUUGAACCUAACGAUAUUCCUAAAACAAAGGAAAGUAUCUGGGUACUGGGGAAAAAAUACAGUGCUAUACAAGAUUUGGAUCGUAUUAGAAGAGAUAUCACAUCAAUAAUAUGGUGUACGUACAGAAAAGGCUUUGUACCAAUUGGUGAUGAAGGUUUGACUUCUGAUAAAGGAUGGGGCUGUAUGUUACGAUGUGGACAGAUGGUAUUAGGUGUUGCUCUUGUCAGAGUACACUUAUCUGUUGACUGGGUAUGGUCACCAGAAACAAGGGAUCCAACUUAUUUAAAGAUCAUACAAAGGUUUGAAGAAAGGAAACAAGCACCUUAUUCUAUCCAUCAAGUGGCAUUGAUGGGUGCCUCUGAAGGAAAAGAAGUUGGCCAGUGGUUUGGACCUAAUACAAUCGCUCAAGUUUUAAAAAAACUGACUGUGUAUGACAAGUGGAGUUCAUUAGCAAUUCAUGUUGCUUUAGAUAAUACUGUUGUCAAGGAAGAUAUCUUGCAACAAUGUUUAGUUAACAAUGAUAGAGGUGACACUUCUUCAGCGCCUGACGGUGUGGUGUCAGACUGGAUGCCUCUAUUGUUAAUAGUUCCACUGCGGCUCGGACUUAGCGAAAUUAAUCCUGUCUACGUAAAUGGAUUAAAGAUGUGCUUUCAAUGUCCGCAAUCGAUUGGAGUCAUAGGAGGCAAACCAAAUCAAGCUCUGUACCUGAUUGGUUGUGUUGAAGAUGAAGUUAUUUAUUUAGAUCCCCAUACAACUCAACGGUCUGGACUAGUUGAGAGUAAGAUUACUGACGAUCAAAAGGAAAUGGACUGUACAUAUCAUUGUAAAUAUGCAUCUCGAAUACCUAUCCUCUCCAUGGAUCCUUCAGUGGCGGUGUGUUUCCUUUGUCGUACGAGAGGUGAUUUUUAUGAGCUGUGUGAAACUAUAGAACAGGAGUUUAUGAAAGAAAGCCAACCAUUGUUCGAAAUAUGCGAGAAACGACCGUCGCAUUGGGGACCGAACACAACCGACAUUGACUUUCAAAGCACUUCACUCUUUACGGAGUUUGAAGACGUGGACAGACAGUUUGACGACUCCGAUGAAGAAUUCGAAAUUCUUUGAAAAACGCAGAUAAUGUGGCCUUAUUGUGUAAUUUGAACAUUACGAAAGAGUAUUUACUAGACAUUUUUACGAACCCUGUCACAGGUUCGCUAUUUUUUGUAAUCACUAAACUAACAAUUCAACGAACUAUAAGCAGAUUAUUUUUCUGAUAAACGUGGUAGGCUCUUUAAUUGAAUAAUCUUUUUGGAAUUCAUUGUCACCUGUUUAUGUGUAGUACCAAAUCAACAUUUGAGUCUUCUGAUUUUAAUUAACUCACAUAAUAUCUGGUUUCGUGUAACUCAUAAACACGAGGUUUUU